GUUGCAUGCAUAGACGAUAGAAAGGAUGUAUGGGCAUCAGAACUACGGCCUUGAUGUGGCUGACUCCCCAUGGGGGCCUGCUGAAAGUUGACGCGUGCUUUUUUUUUUCUGCACGCGUAAAGAGAAAAGUUGGCCGCAGUGGCUUUGAUAGUGGUGAAAUGACCUGAACGCCGACAUGGGGGAUGCCAUUGCUUCUCUCACCCCAUUCACCAUGCUGCCCCCAGAUCUGCCACCCGAGAUCCUCGUGAGGAUCGGAGCGCUCAUCGACAGGAAGACCCUUCCUGCUGCCUGUCUCGUUUCCAAGACCUGGCUCAACUGCUUACGCCCAUUCCUCUGGCGUGCCGUCAAUCUUGACGAAUACCUCCGCGGCGCUUUAUUCGCCCUCGAGUUCUCUCGCUACUAUGAGCACGUCCGCAAGGUCUCCUUCACCGUUCCUUCCCCGCAAGAGUUCACUGCGAGACUGCUCGCAGUCCCCCCUGACGAAGACGUCGAGGAAAUGAACGAGCUUUACGAGAUGCAGAAGGAACAGGAGCUGAAGGACCUGGGUCCAUCGUAUGUGCCGCCGACUUGCCAAAAAACCCUUCUCGAUUGCAACCGUCUCGAAUAUGUCAGUGUUGUUUAUGGUCAGGAAAUGGUGCAUAGGAGCGCUCCGAGUAAUCCUAGCCUCAUUAGGACUUCUAAACGGAUGGCCCACUUUGCCAAGGCGGUCGAUAGAAUCAUCACUUGCAAUAUAUCGACACUUCGUACGCUCAAGGUCUAUAGUCUGCCCGACCAAAUCGACAUAGAUAUCUGCGACAAUAUCGAGUACAUGAAACAUCUGGAAUCGCUCACCCUGGCCGAGUGGAUCUUUUUUGAUACCGGGAUUCUGUAUAACCUUCUGCAGGCUGUCAAACCCUCCCUCAGGACCCUGUCGCUGGAGAUGAACGAGCUAUCGGAACCAUUGGAGGAGCUGCAGGACUGGCGCCAGACGUGGGACGAAUUUCAAAAGAACAAGAGCCCAGGCACAUCCUCGGAAACGAAGGCCUCCAAAGAAUCAAAGUCGAAGGAGGCCAAAGCUAGCUUGAGCAAGAUCAGGAAGCUGGUCCUGGAUCGGUCUACUGUCAGCAUGCAAACACUUCUCGACCUCGGAUCCGUUAUGCCCGAGCUGCGGGAGCUCUCGUUGAAGAACACUUCUGGAUUCGCCUAUAAUGAGGAAUCGGACGAGAGCGAAGAUUCUCUCGAUAACGACAUGGAAGCUGAGCACGACGAGAGCGAGAGCGACCAUGACAGCGAGGGUGAGAUCGGCGAUUUCUCUGAAAUGCUUGUGCAGGGGAUCCUUGGCUCGCAAAUGUAUCGAAACAUUCAUGCAAACGCCCUCGCUGCUGCCCAUGCUGCCGCUGCUGCCGGUCACUUCCCUCGUCUCGCGGAGCAGCUCAGCGCUCGAUCUAGUGCUAACGCACAAGGGACUUCAAGCACAAGCACCAACGCCAACACCAACACAAACACAGACACUAGCACUAGCACUAACGCCAACGCCAACGCCAACAGGAGUACGAGCACGAGUACGAGCACCAACAGGAGCACCACCGCGAGUAAGAAUGUGGACCGCGAUGUCCAUCAGAGCUCGGACGAGGACGACACGGAUGCUACCUCUGAGGAUAGUGAGGACUACCACGACGAUGAACGUUCGAUAGACGAAGACUCGGACGACCGCGAUGAACAUUGGGUAGACCAUGACUCGGACGAGCCCGAUGACGGUGACAACGCGCCUGAUUUCGACGACGACGGUGAUUUCGACCUGGACAGAGCGCUUAGCUCUUUUGAAAACGAAUUUUUGCGUGCAGGCUCUAAUCGCGACUAUCCUUAUAUAGUUCGCAAGAUGCGUCAGCUGCACCAAUACUGCCCGUUGAUCCAGUCCUUCGAUUUUUCGGACUGCCGACCCGAGGGCCUAGACGAGAAGUUUUUCAGCUUCAUCUGCGAACUCUGGGGCCCCUACGGCUCUCCAAACUCUAAAAGCUUGAAGACCCAACCCGAGAAAUCGACCAACAUCGUGGCCCCUACGUCGCCUGGUCUGAUGGUCUUGUUGGCAAGAAACUGUUGCAGCUUCAAGUCGCCGUUUUUCGACCUGGUCCUGUACAACUGUGGCCGCACUCUGACGGAGCUCGACCUUUCCAUGGGCCCUGCAUGCCGCAAGAUGACCAGAGUCAACGACCAGAUAAUCGAAAUCAGGAACAAAGUGUAUUAUGACGGCAUCCUCAGCAUCCUUUCCACCUGUGCGAACUUGAAGGUCCUCCAUGUUGAGCCGUAUCCAAUAAACGCGCGAGCGAUUGCGAGGCAGGAACACGAUUGGGCGUGCAAGAACAUCCGAAUGCUCAGCAUUUGCAUUGAGUUUGAUCACCAACCAGGACCGUUUCAACCCGUGGCAGAGGCUGAGCGUGAGAUUCAAAUCAAGACGUGCAAGCAAUUGGGCAAGUUGACGCAUCUGGAGUCAUUGACCUUGGAAGGAGGACGACCGCCCGCGUGGGAUUUGCGUGGACUCUUCGGAAUGGGCGGUGCUUUGAACGGAAACCGCGUUUAUGACGGCCAGUCGAAGCGUCGAUAUCUUGCAUUGUCACUUGAGAAUGGUCUGGGUGAGCUCGCGGGAUUGACCCACUUGGAGAACUUGUACAUCGUUCGUCUAGGACCGCACUCGCUCCGAGAAGCCGCUGAGGUCGAGUGGCUCGGAUCACAUUGGCCAGCCUUGAGGCGUAUCGAUGGUUUUUGGGACUGGGAGGUGCUGAGAACCAGGGUGGAGGCAUUGAAGAAGGACUCGACACCGGUGUUCCAGCCGAUCCCACUUGGUCAGCCGAAUGCAGGCAAGUUUCGGCGUGUGCACAAAGAUGUUCGAUUAUAUGAUGAUCUGGAUCAGGACCGCGAUGCUGUGACGAAUCGUCUUCUAGAGCUCCGCAACAAGUACAUGAAAGUGGAUUAUAGAUUGGUGGACGAGAUGCUUGAGAAGGAAGGAAUGGAGUCAGUGGCUGUCAUGGAGGCCAAUGGAGCACAUGUUUUGGGAAAGCCAGGAUCUGUGGAGCUAACGGAGGAGGAGACAAAGAAGCGAAGGUUCAGUUUCUAUGUUCGACAGAGACCUCAGCAGCCAUCCUGGGGACCUGCAGCGGGCGGUCGCGCCAAUGAUGAGCUGAUGUCGGAUGUGAUGCGACCUCGCGGAGGGCGGUCUCCUUCUCCUCUUAGAACGUGGUAUUGAGCGAAGGGCAUUUUCCAUGCAGGCUUAUGGACAAUG